AAGAAAGCUGCCAGUGACAGCUCCAGCCCAUUUGCAGGCUUACAAGAACAGCUGUUGCCACAAAGGGAGAAGCUUCCUGUUUACCAGUUGGUCUGAGACAAAGUGGCUGUGCUUCCUGGCUGCGUGGGGCUUGGCACACAGGCCAGCCUCCAAGAAGCAAGAUGCCUUUGCCACUGGGAAGAUGGGCCCUUCUCACCUGUGCCCUAGCUACGGGGAGCAGUACCCUUGCCUAUUACAUCGUACAGAAAACCUUUUCAAGGUCUUCCUAUUACCAGUCGGCAUUGGAGCAGCUGCAUAAUCACCCCACGGCACUGGAAGCGCUGGGCGCUCCUCUCAGCGUCCACCGGAUCCAGCUCCUUGACAAGCACAACCUGGUGGACAUUGCUGAUGCUCAGUUGAAGAUUCCUGUCUCUGGAUCCAAGUCGGAGGGCCAUCUCUAUGUCAGCUCAUCCAGAGACGCCCCCUUUCAGAGGUGGAAACUUCGAGAAGUCUUCCUAGAGGUUAAGGGUGGUGAGCAGAUUCCCAUAUUCAAGUUCAGUGGGGAGAAUGGCGAUGAAGUAAACAGGGAGUAAAGGCGAUCAGAAAGACCCAGCUUUCUCCAAAUCCAGCUCCCCUUGUCUCCACCGCGUACCUGUCGGGGUGACACCAUCUGAAAGGCACACACUACUGUAAGCCGGUUUCCAGCCCCCAGUGGAUGGCUGUAUAGCCAGUGUACGAUGAUUUUGGUGUAAGUCUAGCUU